AUGCCUUCGCUUCAAGCCAAGUACGGCUACUCGAUAAAGGAGGGGUGCGACGCGGGCGGUGGCAGAAACAUGUCAACAAAUAGGGAUUAUUCCGUUAAUCUGUCGGUGCAGCAAGUGCUGAGUCUCUGGGUGCAAGGGACGACGUUGCAGCACUUCACAGAAAUGUGGUACUGGGUGUUCCUGUGGUGCCUCUUCUCCUCACUCUUCGUCCACGGGGUGGUGGGGCUGCUCAUGUUUGUCAUGCUGCAACGCCACAAGAGGGGCCGUCUCAUCACCGUCGUGCUGGUCAGCGUGGGUUUCCUGGCCUCGCUCUCCGGAGGCGUCAUCACCAGCGCAGCGAUAGCGGGUGUGUACCGCGUGGCGGGGAAGGACAUGGCGCCGCUGGAGGCUCUGCUUCUAGGUGUGGGCCAGACCAGCCUCUCCGUCAUCAUCUCCUUCUCACGCAUCCUGGCCACACUAUGAAACCAAGGUAAAUCUUGAAGGACGCAGACUUUAUGAACGGCAGCCAAUCAGGAGACUUUAAAAUUGGCCCUCUGGACCGUUUGGGACUGGGUUGCAAAAGUCUCCGUUUUGUUACCGUACUGGCACAACUGCGAGCGCACUUUGUUUGCAAAAUUCAGAGGGAACUCGAUUCGGCGCAAGACAAACGCGCCGCCUGCCAUCCUCAGCUUGUGAACUGAAAGCCAUGUUGGGGGUUUUCCGGAGGUAACUUUGUGCCAACGGGCUUCUCUGGGAUGGCCCGCAUGCCUUUAGUGGACAGUGACCCGUGAGGGGGGUCCUCUUAUUCGGGAUGAAUGGGAAAUUGUCAAAGCGUCAAAACUACUGUGGCUUCCCCCUUUUUCGACUCUUGCUUGUUGAACAAAAAGUUGAGCGCUGAUAACCCAAACAGCCGUGAGCAGCUAGAAAGUAUUCCUCAUCCCCACCAAGGUUUUACGCCGCCGUUCACACAUUCUCCUCGUCAUUCCUCUUUAACGCACAACUUUAAUGCUGCGUUUUCCGAUUGCAACGAGCAAGAAAGUGAGGGAUGAAUUUGGCAAACACGAAAACAAGUGUCAGUGCCAAAAAUUGCUUGGGAAUGGAAAGUUUGGGAGCACCGCUACAGCUGUCUGCUCAUCACUUUUUACAGUGCAGACAAUACGGUGGGUUUCGUGCGCUUUUUAUUUAUUUAUUUUUUUGUUUACAACGAAAUACCUUUGAAUUAAAAAAUGAACUGCCUAGUUUGUUUGAGAGUCCUCAGCCUAAGCCCUUCUGCUGUCGUUCUCUCUCGUUUGUUUUUUUUUUUUACUUUUUUUUUUUUCAAAAACCCAUUUCCCUUAAUUAAGAUCUAAAGGUUUGAUUUGUCAAAUCCCGAAUAAGCUAGCUCGUCACGUUUUAUCCCAGACGCGUAGGGGGCAGCGUGGUUCCACGGCACUGUCAAAGAAAGAUGCUAACUUCCUUAGCAUUAGCUGAAGUGAAACGAAUUCAAAUUUGAAUUGACGCCACUCGUUCUUGCUGCUUGUUCUUGAACACACAAAAGUGGUUUCAAGGUCGGGUGAAUUGACGCUGGCUUAUUCGUGGGGUUUACAAAUGGACUCUUUGACUUUGCAUUUUGCACUGAAUUUACUCUUGCCUUCUUUUAGGGAGUGAUGGAAUCCUUUUUUUUUCCAGUCUUGAGAUGACGCUUGAAUGAUACUGUUUUAGCUCAAGUAGGUGAAAUAACAGUUUGUAUCACUGAAUUAAAAAAAAAAAAAAAGGUUGACUGGCUUCCUAAUUAAUUUACUGCUGGCCUAAAAUUCAAAAAGGCACAUGGCACCAAACCCAAAAGUAUAUAGUCGAUGGGCGUUUAUGCCAAAGUAUCACUGAUAUACUAGCUUUAUUUCUUGUCUCAUUUUAGUGAUGUAUUUUUUUUUUCUUGAACUGCUGCUUCAAGAUUGGUACCAAAAUGUCAUGACUGAUAUGAGUCAGUGUUUUAGAUACUUUUUUUUGUGGCGUGCCUUUCGUAAACACCACCCAUUCACAAGAGUUAUGUAACUGACAUGGCUCACCUUCACUACCAGUAUAGGACACAAGAGGGCGUCAUCGCACUGAAUUGGAAGAACUGAAGUGUGGCGAUGACAAAUGAGACGUUUUCUGUCAUUGUUUGCCAUGAAUUCAGAACUGUGAAACUAUAAUUGGAAAGCCUAAUCACACCCGCCAUUCGAAUGGACAACGUCUUUUUUCAUAAUUAUUUCAAGGACCAAUGUAGAGUUGCGAGUGACUCACCUGCUGUGUUGGCACAGAAUUUUUAAUCUAUUUAUUAGCAUUUUUUCCGUGUGCAAAUUUCCUCAUAUAUGGGUGAUUUUUAACGCUGCAGUUGCAGUGCGCAUGAUUGCUACCAACAAGGUUCUAUUUAUUUAUGUGCUGUGCUUGAAUCCCAAGAGGUAAUAAGCAGUUUUAAACGGUGCCCUCUAGCAGUGUUUCCACGACCUUUAUUGAGCCGAGGCACUUAUUUGACUAUGUUGGAAGAAUGUCACUACACACCGCCAUCCAAAUGUGCCACCACAAGUCUAUUUACAAAUAUAAAGAUGAUCUUGUCUCGGCGUGUGAGCGGUGAUACGCAAAGCUCUUAUUUUGUUUUAUGAAUGGCAACAGGGUUGGAGGCGCAGGUUAAGUCAACCUACUGCCAUCUAGUAGAAGACCAUUUAUAUUGUCUGCCUGUCACUUCGGGAACAAUUAACCUGACCAAAUCAAACCGAUGGUCUCUCAGAGCACAGUGUUUGGGAAUCACUGGCCCAAUAAAUAAAUAAAUAAACAAACAAACAUUGUUUCGGAGCCAUGUGGGGGUUGCAUAAAAUUUUGCUUUUGUGGCAAAGGUGCGAGCCAAUGCUUUCACCCCGAGCUGCACGUACAGGGGGGCGAUGUUGCCCCAUAGUAUUAUGACGAAGAGCGCACACACAUGCCUUCGCGCUGUGCUGGGGGCAAAUGUGAAUCUCAUUUUCCUGGUGAACCUUCUGCAGUUUUGAAAAACAGUUGUGGUUGUGUGUUGGCCUCUCCUGCAAUAUCGUAAGGAGACACCCAGAAAUAAUAAAUCCUUUCUAAGUAUUGAACCAUGCUGUUGCAAUGCUGCACGAUGCCCACCUUUGUUAACCCCUGCUGUCCCAUCAGCCAACAAAAUGCCCCCCAGAUGCCACAUUAGCCCGUUUCCAUGAGACGAGUUUUCUGUCUUUCUGUCUUUGUCUUUACACGCUGACGUGUGAAUGGACUCCGGACAAUCGUAACGAGAGACGAUGUUGGUCGAAACCCAAAGUGGCACUUGUAGAUGAUGUACAAUGUUUUUUUUGGGGCGGGGGUUGUUUUUUAAAUCAACGUUUUGUACCAGCCAAGCAACUGAUAUUUAUAACAAUGGCUUAUUUCUGGACAAAUUGUUCCUUGUAAAUAUCAACUCUUAGUUGAAAUAAAAAUCUUUUUCGAAUACAAA